AGAUGUACACAUUCUCACAUAAUGAAAUAUGCACAUGAUGCACUUCAGAAUGUGCCAGACACUACAGAGGGGGGCAGUUUUCAGUAGUCCCUGCAGACAAUACAAUUAGAUUGUUAAUACACCAAAUUACCUAUAGCGUAACACCAUGAUAGGCUAUUUGUGAACUGCUGCUCAUUAAGGUCGAUUCUCUUUGAAUUUGGCUCCCGCCGCAGAGAACAUGCGCAGUGUGCCGCGUGCUACCUUCAGUCAGUGGAGCAGCUGUCCAGGGUUUGGAAUUCCAACAUGGCAGAGGCUGUGGUCAGUCUUCCCCUCACUAACUUGGAAUGGUUUCAAAUCGCGAGCAGCCGCGCUUAACCCCAGUGAGCCAUUCAUCUGCGCACUCACCGGAUCGAUGAUACUGUAAACCCCGACGCUGCUCUGUCACCUACACAGGCUUGAAGACAUGAUCACUAGCACCAGUAUUUAUGGUCUAAAGAUGCAGUGGACCCCAGAGCACACACAAUGGGCAGAGCAACACUUUGACAUCUCAUCCACUACCCGCUCGCCAGCACACAAAGUAGAGGCCUACCGGGGGCACUUACAGCGUACGUACCAGUAUGCGUGGGCAAACGAUGACAUCUCUGCUCUGACUGCCUCCAAUCUGCUAAAGAAAUAUGCAGAGAAGUACUCUGGGAUCCUAGAGGGCCCAAAUGAAAGAGCCCUGCUGUGUUCCUACUCUGAUAGCACCACUGGACUCAUGAAUGGACGAAAGUCAGAGAAUGAGUCCUGGCAGGAGGGGAUUUACCCAAUGAACUGUGCUCCAGAUGUUAUAUCUGUGAGCAAAGCUGGAAUGACAGCUGCCCUACCCCCUACAGAUGUGUCGGCUAGCAUAGGCAGCUCCCCGGGGGUGGCCAGCAGCUUGUCUGAGCCUAGCUAUUCCAGCAGUAACUGUGGGAGCCACACAGCCACUACUCUUCACUCGGGCCUCCCCUCUCAGGAAUAUACUGCCAGCUACAACGGCUCCUACCUACAUUCUAGCUACAGUGGCCAGAAUACCCCGGCCCUUCCCUCCCCACACCCGUCUCCUUUGCACAGCGCUGGGCUCUUACAACCACCACCCCCACCUCCUCCCCCUGCCUUAGUGCCGAGCUACAACGCUGGGUCUCCAAACCUCCCCAACUACAAUUAUCCUCCAACAGGGUAUCCUUCUCAGACUGCUGUUGGCCCUGGUUAUAGCCCUGGGGGAGCACCCCCUCCUUCUGCUUAUCUGCCAUCCGGUAUUGCAGCUCCUACACCAAUCCCUCCCUCCACACUGCCUGGCUACACCUACCAGUCCCACAAUCAUACACCAAUUGCACCAACACCUUUGAAUGGCAGCACAUCCAACUCAUUAAAACGAAAAGCUUUCUACAUGAGCGGACAUGGAGAUAUGGACUCUAGCUAUGGUAAUUUCAACUACAACCAACAGCGCUCCUCACAUAGCCCAAUGUACAGAAUAACAGAUAGCAGUGUCUCAGACUCAAACAGGGGCAAUGGCUUUGAUAGAAAUGCCGAGGCUUCGUCUUUAUCGUUUAAGGCAACCAAACAGCCAAUGUCCUCUGAUCAACAAAGAAAAUUUAACAUGCACUCUGGCAGAGCACUAACUCCUCCAUCCUAUGGAUCAACCAAAAGCUCUGUGGGUGAUCUCAGAACUGGUGAACCCUACAGCAAGUUUGGAUCUCCCAUCAUGAGUGAGCAAACUGAUGAGCACAGACAGCACCUCUCUCACUCCCUAACAGGGCCUGACAUUGGUUCGGCUACCUCGUCCAUCCACGCUGCAGAGGAGCAACUGAAGAACAGUGAUUCCAAUCUGGUGGAGAUGGUGACCACGGAAAUCCUUCAGCAGGGCCCACCAGUAGACUGGAGUGACAUUGCAGGUCUGGAUAUGGUCAAAGCAGCUAUCAAAGAGGAGGUACUAUGGCCCAUUUUAAGGCCAGAUAUGUUUAGCGGACUUGCCACAUUACCUCGAACCCUCCUUUUAUUUGGACCUCAGGGAACUGGUAGAACGCUGCUAGCCCGCUGCAUGGCCAGCCAACUGGGGGCUGCCUUCUUGCGACUAAGCAGUUCAGGUCUGGUGACUAAGUGGCUGGCUGAAGGGGACAAGAUUAUCCAGGCUUCUUUCCUGGUGGCCCGGUGUCGCCAGCCGGCAGUUGUGUUCAUCAGUGAAGUGGACCUGCUGCUGUCAGCCCAGCUCAGUGAGGAAAGCCCAGUGAAUCGCCUCAAAGCUGAGCUCCUCAUGCAGCUUGACAGUAUUCUGACCUCUGCUGAGGACCAUGUCCUGGUGGUCUGCUCUACCAAUAAGCCUGAAGAGAUCCCAGAAUCCCUACGGAGGUACUUUACUAAACGACUGCUCAUCCCCUUGCCUGAUGGGACAGCACGACACCAGAUAAUCAGCCAACUGCUCUCACAGAAUAACUACUGUCUUAGUGACAAAGAGAUGUCACUACUGGUUCAGAGGACAGAGGGCUUUUCAGGACUGGAUGUGGCCCAGCUGUGUCAAGAGGCUAUAGUAGGUCCUCUCCAUGGUAUUCCUGGUACUGACCUGUCAAGUAUCCAUCCCAGUCAGAUGAGACCUGUCUCCUACCAAGACUUUGACAAUGUGUUCUGCAAAUUCCAGCCUAGCAUAUCACAAAAAGAACUUGACAUGUACACAGAGUGGAACAAAAUGUUUGGUUGUAGUCAAUGAAAGAGACCUAUCAAACACUAUUUCUUUUAAACCCAGUAAUUAAAUACAAAUGAGUAUUUGGCCUUCACCAAACAAGAAAAAUAACAAGUAAUAGCGACAUGAACUUAUUAUAUACAACAAAGGGAUUGUCCUUGAAAGACUGAAGAUGACAGUCUGGAUAUCACACAUUGGUAACAAUUGAUUAAAUGCUUCAUAUGGCUUAAGCCAUGUGCUCACUAAAGCUCAAAUGACUUGUAGAAGAUGCCCCCUGCCCCCUGUUUUUGUAUAUACAUACAUAUAUAUAUAUAUAUAUAAAUAUAUAUAUAUAUGUAUAUAUGUCUGUUUGUUACACACAGACAUAUAUACAUAUAUAUACACAGUAUUCUGCUGAUCUUGAGAUUUAGUUGCUAUCAAGUGCCUGAAGUGGUGCUGUUUAAGUUGGUUCUUUUUUGUUGUUUGUUUGUUUACUUUUUGCCUCACAAUCUUCAUUGGUGAUGUGCUAAUAUAAAAAAAGCUUUAAAAUGAGACAAAAAACGUGCUUUCUCUUUUCCAUUUGAACAGUGUCCUUUUUGUGCUCUCUGUGAACAGUUGUGGUUAAUUUGAGGUAAAUUAAAUUUAUUGGCAUAAUUUCAGUUGGGCUUCAAUACCAUACAUGUGUUUUAUGUACAUGUAAAUCAUUUAAUUACAAUAACACUGACACAGAUUUUUUUUUUUGCUGGAAUGAUAUGAUUUUUGUGUUCUGGCAAACUUAAGGUGAAUUUGGUUUGCUCAACUAGCCUGUCCACUAUAGAUGAAAUUAUUAAAAACAAAUAUCAUUUACAAUGUGACUUCAACUUAAACAUUAAAUUACUAUGUAAUUGCUGUUAGAAUAUUGUUACAGUAGUAAUUCACAGUGUUUCUCUUAACUGUAAAAUUCUACCAUUUUUUCUUUUGAUGUUCUCUAUUUGAAAACUCAGGAAAGUGAUAUUGACAUGUAUAGUACCUCAUGAGCUUGUGUCGAAACACUAUACACUACAAGAGCAUUUGGCUUGCAUUUGAAAUUCCAUCAUCAAACCGUGUAAGGCUAUAUAAUACCUCAAAAAGCUCAAAAUGAAAUUAGAUGGUUCCUACAGUGAAUGUAUGAGAGUAAUUCUGGUUUAUUUGCAAGACAAAAAAAAUCAUUUUGGGGAUUUCUUUACAUUUGGAUUUGUUUGAAAUGGAAAGUUGUACUAUGAUUAGAGAUUUGCCUUUGAAAAGAAUUGAACCAGUAUGUAUCUUGAAUUGUAGCCUUGAAGCCAUUUCUGUUUUGAACAUAGUUUUAUUUCCUAUUGGGUUAAACCUCCAUUUCCAUCAUAUACAAUGAUCUUGCUCUUUAGUUCAAUGUUUCCACACACAACUGUUCAGCUUGUGGUGACGCAGAGCAGAGAGAAAUUUGAAAAGUGCAGACAAACAUCUUGGGGUUGAGGAAGACAACUGCCCUGAGCUAUUUCAUUCCAUCCUGCUGCUGUUUUAUCAUUAAUGAAACCUAAGGAUUAUGUAUAGCCUGAGUUCCUUUCUACCUCAGUUUGUUAGUUAUCUCUGAAAGACAAAUUCAUGAGGAUGGAAAAAUGUCAGCACCUAUUUUGCUUGUUUGAUGCGGAUCCUUUUGAGAGAACACCAAACAGUAUCACGUUGUUUGCAAAAUCUAUUAGCUUUACAUUUUGAUAGCUCCCAAGAAUCCUGUUUCUCACCACAUAAUGCACUUAAAGGGGAAUACCACUGAAUAUCAGGUUUGGUAUACACUAUGCCCUAGCCUUAGGACAAUAUGGACUGUAUCGACUAACAUCCACCAGUGGAUCAUGAUGCCAUAGGGUUUGUUUGGUUUUUUUGCCCCUGAAUAUGUGAUGUCAAAUAGAACAUCUAAAAGUGAUGAGCAUUCACAGUGGUGUUGUGUAUAUAUUUUCUGGCUUUAAACCAAGUACAUUAGUUUAAUAUAAUAUAUACAGAAGAACUGGUUUGACAUUCUUAGGCCAUAACUGUAACAUUCACAAACUGAGUGGCAUUCCUUUUUAAAAACUGCUAAUGUCUCGAAGGCUAGUUUCACUAGGUCUUUACACAAAAUGCAACUGUUAUUUUUCUAUUUUGUCAUCUUCAUGUUUAAACUGUUACAAUGUUAUGAAUCAUUACUUGCUGCCAUUAAUCAAUACAUUUGCAUGCAACAUUUCUGACAAUGAAAGAGUAGGUCUAACAGAUGAAUUAGCAAGUAAAAAGUAUUGAAUGUAUUAUGUCCUCUGUGCAGUAAGGAAAGCAAAGCACUUGCACAUUGAAAAAUGCCACUGAAGUAGAAAGCACUGUAGGUGUAUGAUACUGCAGAGGCACAAAAGGACCUCAUGUUUGUUUUCAAAGGAGGUCCCUUCACGUUUGUUGUCCAUUGCACAUAUUUUACCAGUUCUUUUUUUAUUAGCCAGUGUGCAUAUUAAUUCACUGCCACCUGGUUUGAUAUCAUUAGCUUUUCCAGAUCCAUGUCAGGAUGUUUACAGAGCACCCAAGACAAUGGCAGAGAAACUACAUAGAAAGAAAGCUAGCAAGCUUGCCAAUAGUAAUAUGUUGUUGCAGUUUCACACUAUCUUUGUUAUGCAUGUAUUAGGAGAUUGGUGGCAACAUUUUCAUUAAAUACAAACAACUUACAUUAAUUGGUAAAUUGGUAACACAGUUUGAUUUACUUAGAAGAAGAAGAGAGAAAGAGAGAGAAAUUUUGUUGAUCUACUGUACAUGCAACUGAAUAGGUAACAGUGUAGAGUAUGAAUGCCCAUUUGUGUUUAAUUUUAAGCAUUGUUUUUCUGUUGUGACAAGUAUCAGCAAGAUUUACUGUUUACAUACACCUAAUCAGGGGUGGGAGUGUACAAUUUGUUUUCAUAUGAGACUGUCCAUUUAGAAGCUUCAAACAUAAAAACAAAACAUGGCGUUGCAUAAAAUUAGACCAGUCUUUAUAUAAAACACAUUUUUUUUAAAUUAGCUUUCACUGGAGAAAUGAAGGAAAUGAGUGGGAAAAAAAGCAAAAACUGCAGUUCUCUCCAUGAAUAUUAUAUCAUUAAUUAUUGCACUUUGAGGUGUUUAUUAAUUGAUUGAUUUUCUUUCUUGAAGCCAAAGCAAAGCAUCUUUCUUUUGAAUAUGAUGAACGUACCUUUGAAAAUGUCAUGUAUUCCAGAAACUGCAGAUAUUUCAAAUUGGAAAUUAGCACUCUCACUGAGCAUUGUUAAGUUAUUGUAUCAGAGUAUGUAAAAUACUCUCAAGGGAGUACUCAUAGAAACGUGACUAAUUUGUUUAUCUUUAAAAUAAAAUGCCACACAGAUAUUAGCAGAAAAUGUCACAUACCACACAGUGUAUUGUCACACUGGAAUAUAAUUGUUUCUGUGUCCAUGAUUGCUAAUUUUAAGAAGUAAUUUUGGUCAUUGCAAGGUUUUUGACAAGAAGUUGAUAAGAAGCCCUAAGUGCCAUUAACAAGCACAGAUUUCACAAGUUUAAGAGGUCGACUGUUCAUGAACUUACAGAGAGAUGUGUGUUAAGAAGGGGAAAUGUUCCACUCACAUUAAGUAGUACUUGUAAUCACUUAGACAACAAUAGAUCUUAUCACAUAUUUGUUACGUUUAAAAAACUGUCUCCCAAACAGUGAAACAGAGCACAGCAUAACACAAGGAACAUGAAUAAAUGUUAUAUUCGUAUGUUCGUAUGUCAUCUAGACAGUAAAAAGGUUUACAGCACGAUCAGAUAUGAGGAAAACUAUUAUACAUUUAUCCAUAUAGGGUGUAUAUUUGCCAUGCUGUAUACCUUAUCAUUAAAAAUAGUCAUUCAUUAUUGAAGGUGAUGUGAUGAAAGGGCCUACAGUCACAAACAACACUUGAGCAGAACCUUUGAUAAGCACAUCGAGUCUCACAGUAAUGCUGACUCAGUCACUUGAAUCACUUUUUUUCAAAAAUCUGUCAGUAUUUCUGUAAUUACAUUUGUUGAGAACUGCUUAAGAUUUUGAUUCCAUCCUUAUGUAGUUUUAUAGUCUGGCAUUCUUUAUAACCAUUUCUACCUCAUUACUACAUAUUGUACAUGUAGUACUUAUGUCCUGUCAUUUUGAAUGUCAUGCAUUUGUGGAUAAAAAGUUAAAACAACACAAAAAAAUGAAUAAAAAAAUAAAAGCUUGCCCUUGAAUCUGA